GAGAUUCCAGCCCUCGCCAGCACAAGCUUCUGGGACUCCAUGGCACCUCCAUCAUUGAGUCUGACAGCUUCAACACAUCUACACCUUCCUGUUUGCUGUGCGUGCUACUGACAACGGAAGCCCAGGACGAAGCACAGACGGAUCAGUGACCAUCCAGAUCACCAGGGCUGUACUGCCUCGGUUCUUGAACACGCCGUAGUCUCCACCUCCGUACAGGAGAACAGUGUCAAUGGAACUUGCAUCUUUACUGUUUCUGCUACUGAUGCUGAUGGACAGUUGAGACUGAUCGCCUAUGACAGUCAGACUCCGGGCCAGCGAGCAACAGCAGACGUCACAAUUGGUGUACAGCAUAACGUUAACUCGCCCAUCUUCAAGCCAGACUGUGAACUUCAUUGAGGUUAUCCCAGAGGAAACUGCAGUUGGCGCCUCAAUCCUUCGAGUUACUGCCACAGAUGCUGACAAAAUAAUUUUCAGGAUCAGCUGACAUGCUCCCUGACAAGUGAGACCAGAAGUUUCGGGCAGACGACAUACUUUGAUGUUGAGGUUUGGGCAUGUAUUGUGUUCAUUAACAGGAGCCUCAUUAGGGAAUUCUGACAGGCAGACAGGAAUACACUUUGACUAUGGAACCACAGACAACCAAUUGGAAAACCCCAAGUUUGGAACUGCAAUGGUUUACGUGACUGUUCUACGCGACCUCUCGCCACCAGUAGAUUCACCAAGCUGCCGUUCUCAAUUGACCUCAACGAGCAGACCACUAUUGACACUAAGUCUUUUCUUAGGCACCAAAUCAUGUACAGCAUCAUUGCCAGCACCUCCAGAACAUUCUUCUCCAACAUUAACCCCACCAACGGUGAGAUCAGGGUCAAAGGAGAUCUUUUCCAGACCGGUGUCUCCGUGUUUGAGCUGCAUGUUGUUGCUACAGACCAGGCCUUGCAGCCAAAGUCAGCUACAGCGACAGUGUACAUCACCAUCAUCCGCAACCAGCAUGCUCGAAUCUUUACCAACCAAGAGGGAUACACCUGACUACUGGGCUUUUGGUAGAGACCUCUUCCAGGCGACGGCCAUCGAUGAUGACCCCGACGUUGUGCUGAGUCGAAACACUCAUAAUGCUGAAUUUGACUACUUGAUCGAGCCAGAUGAAUUGUACGCUGCACAGUUUUUCGGAAUCAACAAAGAUGGUAUUCUCUAUGUAAAAGCCAACAUCCAGGAGGCUGACAAGAGAGAGGAAUUCAAGUUUUACAUAGUUGCUGUUGACUGCAGCUGGAAUCCUCGUAGUAACCGAGCCCUCGUUACGAUCUCUGUGAAAUACUCAAGUAUCAGACAGGAGCUUGGAUUUUCCCGGCCUGAGUACAACCUCAAGAUUGUUUAGUUGAACGUCAACAGCAACCCGACCGUCCUCACAUCACUAGAUGUAACCAACACUCGCAUUGAUGGAAAGGCUGGCUCUUACAUCUUUUAUUAUUUUUAGUGUUUAUAUGCUGUACAAAUCUAAUCAAAUUCAUGGUUGAAUUGUUAAUUUUAUACUUGAACUGAUAAGGCUUUAUAACAUUAUUUGCAUGCAAUUUCCAUAUGAUUUACAUAACUAUAGGCAUAUAUCAUUUUUGAGCAUACCCAGUGUAAAAACAUUCAAUACUAAUUGCCAUAAAAUAAUACCUAAUUCUGUGUCAAAAUUAAGCUUUAUCAUAAUUUUCAACACCAUUUUCUUUAAUCAUCAUUUUGCAAAACACCAUCUUAAUUAAAAAAAACUCUCAAUUGAAGAGCUUCAUUUCAUUGUUCUGCAUGACCUAUAAAGCAGUGAAAUUUAAUGUUCCUUGUUCUGGAUUGCAAUCCAAUGAUAAUUAUUACAUAAGUAUCAAUACUUUAAUUCCUCCAUAUUUUCCUUUACUAUGUUUAUAUAGCAAUGUUCUGUACAGCAGCAUAUUGUAUACAUCUUGCUACUAUUCCAGUUCUGUAACAGAUAUCUGAAAUGUUCACUGCUUGCUCAAUAUUUCAUUACCAAAUGAUAAUUUUCAAAUAAUGGUCAUUAUAACACAUGUCCACCUCAAGGCACCACUUGGUAACACCAUUAAAGGUUAAAACAAUUUGCUGCUGAUAUUCGUGAUCCACUUGUUUAUUUGUCCAAUAAUACACACUUGAAAUUAAAUCUUUUGUUCAA